CCGCCAGGGUCCGCAGCUCCCGCCACAUGGACUUAACCUCUCGCUCUCCGCCUGCCCGACCUUCCUCCGCGACUUCAACUACAGGCACCAGGCCCCGCCCACCCUGCGGACGACUGGCGAAACGCGCUCAUCUUCCAUUGGGCUACUUAUGAUAUGUCCCGCCCACAGAAUAGGAACCCACGACGACAUCCUUUCAUCCGUUCUUUCCGGUGAUUCCGGUGAUUCCGUCUGCGACAGGGAUACACCCAGCGUGUACUCUGCUCCGCCUCGAGGCUGGGCCUUCACCAAGCUCCCAGUCUAAUGCAGUGGGGACUUAACGAAACCUCGUCUCAAAAUAAAAAAUAAGACAAGCAAAAGUAAAUAAAUAAGGGCUGGGGAUGUAGCUCGGUGUGAGGACCUCGGGUUCAAUCCCCAGUGCCACAAAAAAACCCAAAACAAACCAAAUGCAUCUUUGUUUAUCUGAAGUGUGCAUCUAACUAGAAGUGUUUUUAUUUAGGUCCUGCUGGGAAUAAGAGUGAGGGCUUGAGGUCCUACCCUUCGAGUGGGGAGUGCAGUAAGUAGCCUUGGGGCCAGCCCGCUGCCACCAGUGACCCCAUUCCUGCUGGCGUGGGUGAGUUAUUCCCAGAAUCUCCCCGACCAGGCCCGUCCCUUCCACGUCCUGCCGCAGCCAAACAAUCAGAGUCUAUAGUUUGCAGACGGGGAAACCGAGGCUCAGGGCGGAGUCUAGAAGUUACAUAGGUUGGGACCAGUUGAAGAAUCCACCUUGGUGCGGGCGGGGACGAGCACCAGAGAUCAGAGUGGGCGGGCAACAAUGAAGCCCAGAGAACCACGCGGGCGGGCCCGAGAACCAGUGUGUCCAGGCAGGCAGGCGGGCGGGCGGAUGAGAACCAGAGUGACGGGCCGGCAGAGAGGGAGCCGGCUCGACGCGGGCGGGGACGAGAAGCAGAGCCCGGCGCGGGGUCGAAGCGGCGCGGGCGGGCGCGGCCUUUGUCUCCUCCGCUCUCGGCCCCACGCGCCUGCAGCCCCCCGGCGCCCGGGCCGCGCGCAGCCCCUGACCCAGCUCGCCAUGGCGGAGCCCGCCUCGGGCGCCGGGGGCGCUGACCUGUACGGGGAGCGGGGCAAGCGACCCCCGCCGGAGGGCGAGCCCUCGGCCCCCGCGUCCGGAGUGCUGGACAAGCUCUUCGGGAAACGGCUGCUUCAGGCGGGACGCUACCUCGUGUCCCACAAAGCAUGGAUGAAGACGGUGCCCACGGAGAACUGCGACGUCCUCAUGACCUUCCCAGACACGACCGACGACCACACUCUACUCUGGCUGCUGAACCACAUCCGCAUGGGCAUCCCCGAGCUCAUCGUGCAAGUCCGCCACCACCGCCGCACGCGCGCCUACGCCUUCUUCGUCACCGCCACGUACGAGAGCCUGCUCCGAGGCGCCGACGAGCUGGGCCUGCGCAAGGCCGUGAAGGCCGAGUUCGGCGGGGGUACCCGCGGCUUCUCCUGUGAAGAGGACUUCAUCUACGAGAACGUGGAGAGCGAGCUGCGCUUCUUCACCUCCCAGGAGCGCCAGAGCAUCAUCCGCUUCUGGCUGCAGAACCUGCGCGCCAAGCAGGGGGAGGCCUUGCACAACGUGCGCUUCCUGGAGGACCAGCCAAUCAUCCCGGAGCUGGCGGCCCGCGGGAUCAUCCAGCAGGUGUUCCCGGUGCAUGAGCAGCGCAUCCUGAACCGCCUCAUGAAGUCCUGGGUACAGGCGGUGUGCGAAAACCAGCCUUUAGACGACAUCUGUGACUACUUUGGCGUGAAGAUUGCCAUGUAUUUUGCCUGGCUGGGCUUCUACACAUCAGCGAUGGUGUACCCAGCCGUCUUCGGUUCUGUGCUGUACACGUUCACAGAGGCAGACCAGACAAGCCGAGAUGUGUCCUGCGUGGUCUUCGCUCUCUUCAACGUGAUCUGGUCAACACUGUUCUUGGAAGAGUGGAAACGGAGGGGUGCAGAGCUGGCGUACAAGUGGGGGACGCUAGACUCACCUGGGGAAGCUGUGGAGGAGCCACGUCCCCAGUUCAGGGGUGUGCGGCGCAUCAGCCCGGUGACCCGUGCGGAGGAGUUCUAUUACCCGCCCUGGAAGCGGCUGCUCUUCCAGCUGCUAGUGAGCCUGCCCCUGUGCCUCGCCUGCCUUGCCUGCGUCUUCCUGCUCAUGCUCGGCUGCUUCCAGCUGCAGGAGCUGGUGCUGAGUGUGAAGGGGCUGCCACGCCUCGCCCGCUUCCUGCCCAAGGUAGUCCUGGCCCUGCUGGUCAGCGUGAGUGCUGAGGGCUACAAGAAGCUGGCCAUCUGGCUCAAUGACAUGGAGAAUUACCGGCUAGAGAGUGCCUACGAGAAGCAUCUCAUCAUCAAGGUCGUCCUGUUCCAGUUUGUCAAUUCGUACCUGAGCCUCUUCUACAUCGGCUUCUACCUCAAGGACAUGGAGCGUCUCAAGGAGCUCCUGCUCGUCCUGUCCCUGUCCCAGAGCCUCGAGCGGCAGCUGCGGGCAGUACUGGUCCCGCUCGUGGCCCUGCGGUUCCGCCUGCUCCUACUCUCCCUCCGGGGCCUCCUGCUCUCAGCCCGGGCCAAAAUGCUGGCCACCCUGCUGAUCACCCACCAGUUCCUGCAGAACGUGCGCGAGGUCCUGCAGCCCCACCUCUACGGGCGCCUGUGCCGUGGCGAGCUCGGCCUGCGGGCCCUGGCAGGGCUGGCGCAUGCCCUGCUUGGUGGCCUGAGCCUCUGGCGCCCCACUCCCUGCCACCCCGAACCCCAGGCUGGCGAGGCUGGCAGCAGGGCAGGGGGCCGAAGGUGUCUCGGUGGGGGCUGCGGGGCGCCCGAGGAGGAGGAGGAGACGACGGCCGUGGGGAGCAGGCCCACGGGGGAAGGCGGGGAGCUCAGGGAGGGGCCUGGGGGCGCCGAGGAGCGGGAUGAAGGGGAUGCGGGCCGGGAGGACGAGGAGGACGAGGAGGACGAGGAGGAGGACAGCGAGGGCGGCAGCCUCCUGGACUGCGGGCUCCGGCUGAAGAAGGUCAGCUUUGCCGAGCGGGGCGCCAGGCAGCACCGGCCCGGCCCAAGCCCGGAGGCCCUCCUGGAGGAGGGCAGCCCCACCAUGGUGGAGAAGGGGCUGGAGCCGGGUGUGUUCACCCUGGGCGAGGACGAGGAGGAGGCGGAGGGGCCUCCCGGGAGCCCCGAGCAUGAGCCCCCAACUGUCCUGCUCCGCCGGGCCGGGGGUGAGGGCCAGGACCAGGGCCCCAAGGGAGGCCGAGACCCCGAGCCUGGCUCUGGCGACCCCUCGGGGAAGCAGAAGCAGCAGCACCGCUCGUCUUGGAUCGACCCGCCUGAGGAGGAGCACUUGUCCCCGCUCACGCAGGCGGAGCUGGAGAGCUGCAUGAAGAAGUACGAGGACACCUUCCAGGACUACCAGGAGAUGUUUGUGCAGUUCGGCUACGUUGUGCUCUUCUCGUCCGCCUUCCCACUGGCUGCACUCUGCGCCCUGGUCAACAACCUCAUCGAGAUCCGCAGCGACGCCUUCAAGCUGUGCACGGGGCUGCAGCGGCCCUUCGGCCAGCGUGUGGAGAGCAUCGGCCAGUGGCAGAAGGUGAUGGAGGCCAUGGGCGUGCUGGCCAUCGUGGUGAACUGCUACCUCAUUGGGCAGUGCGGGCAGCUGCAGCGCCUCUUCCCCUGGCUCAGCCCAGAGGCGGCCAUCGUGUCUGUGGUGGUGCUGGAGCACUUCGCUCUGCUCCUCAAGUACCUCAUCCACGUGGCCGUCCCCGACAUCCCGGGCUGGGUGGCCGAGGAGAUGGCCAAACUUGAGUACCAGCGACGAGAGGCCUUCAAGAGACACGAGCGCCAGGCCCAGCACCGCUACCAGCAGCAGCAGCGGCGGCGGCGGGAGGAGGAGGAACGGCAGCGCCACGCUGAGCACCACGCCCGCAGGGAGCGUGAGGCUGGUGGCCGGGAGGAGGCGAGGGCCGAGGUCUCUGGGCUGGACGCUGCGGCCUCUGAAAAGACCUCUGCCAAGGCCAAGGGCAGUGGGCCGGCCGGCCACGGGCAGGAGCGGCCCAAGCGCCCCGGGCUGCUGCUGGCGCCCAACAAUGUCAUGAAGCUGAAGCAGAUCAUCCCGCUGCAGAGCAAGUUCCUGUCCUCUGGGGCCACGGCCUCGCCCGCUGGCCCUGCUGCGGGCCCCACGCCGCGGCCAACCCCGGCCCAGUCACCCACGGGCGGGGACACCCGCCUGCCUGCCUUCCUCAGCUUCAAGUUCCUCAAGUCGCCUGAGGCCCGGCGGGACCCUGAGCGCAGCCACUCCCCGCCCAAGGCCUUCUAUGCAGCCAAGCUCUUCCCCUUCGGCGGGGCACGGGCCGAGGCCAACGGGGCAGGCAGCCAGCCCCGGCCAGACACAGCUCCCAGCAGUGGCGGUGGCCGGGCCCCCAGGAGUGGGCCGGUGGACGAGGCCUUGGCUGAGGAGCGGGAAGCGCCCCAGCCCGAAGAGGAAGGCUCAGGGACAGCGCCAGGCCCCGCGGGCGCCGCUGCCCUCCGCACCCGCUGCAGCAGGAGCCCCCCGCCACGGUCCCGGCCCCCGACGCCACCCGCGGGCUGCUGGCAGUGGGACCCGCCCUGGGGCUGUGGGGGUGAGGCUGCUGCCCCCCGCCCGGGCCCACCUGCUGCCGAGUGCCCGCCCUGCGCCCUGGCCGCGCCUGCACUCCCGCCACAGCCCCUGCCAGGGGAUGACAGCUUCUACAGCCUCCUGCCACCGCUGCCGGAGCCCCCCGCACCAGACCCCAUCCCCAGCCCCCAGGCAGCGUGCUGGCCCAGUGGCUGGCACUAGCUGCCCCUGCUCCUGUCAUAUGCAAUAGCAGUCAGCAACUCGGGCAGCCAGACCCCAACCCAUGCUGCCCAGUGUGGCUGCCCCUGCCAGGGUGGCCCCUCUGCCGUUUUCCUCCCGACCAGGGUGGGGGAUGAAAGGAGCCCCAACACCAAUAGAUGACACCCACACACAGAAGAGGUGAUUGUUUAUUUGUUUUUAAUUUAUUUUGUCAUAUUUUUGUAAAACGGCAGCAAUGCAAUAAAAAGUCUAUUUCGACAGUG